AAAAGAAAAGCAGGACCCAACUUUCUUUUCUCUCCGUACUAACUAAAACAUAAUAUGUACGACAAGAAAUGUUAGCGAAAGUAGUUGCUGCUAGCACCAUCAGAAAGGUGCUGGUGCUAUAUCACCAACUCCAUGUUGGCUCCUGUUAAAAGAAGGAUAGCAUCUCAGCUCGGGGAAAAUUCAAACAAAAAUCGAUGGAGAGUGAAGAAGCAACUCAACCAUCAAUAGGGUUUCCUCUGGCUUUAGCUCUUCUGUUGGUCUUCUUGUGUUUCAUGAGCGGGUUGUUCCUUAGCUGCCUCCACUGGAACAAGCUACGAGCCUUACUUGGAGCUUCUUCAACUCAUGAUCAAGACAGCCAUAUCCAAGAUGAUAUAGAAUAUGCACUCCAUAAAUCUGCUCCUGCCCGUCAGGAAUUAGAAAAUGAAGGGAAGAGCCUGCCAGUGUUGAUGCCAGGAGAUGAUACACCAAAAUUCAUUGCAAUACCAUGCCCAUGCCAGCCUCCUAUUGUUCAGAAAUCCUCUCUCAAACUGCAGAAGCCACUCUCUUAAACUCUUUCAGUUUUAUUUCAGUGGAGGGGUAGAAGUAUCACUACCCUCUCUUUACAUAUAUAUAUAUAUAUAUAUAUAUAUACAUAUACAUGGUUGAGUUGAGGGGGCAGUCCAAAACUUUUAAAAUCUAGAUUUUCACCUAAAUGUUUUUAGAUCUUUUAAGAGAAAAAAAUUCUGAAAUAUUCGUACAAGCAUCACAAAAAUUAAAUUCUCUAAUGUUGUUAUCUUUUCAUUUCAUAUCUUUAUAUUUUUAUUGUAUAUUUCAGUUACAUCCGUUUUGGAGUUCUUACUUUAGUUAUAUCUAUUAAAAAGGAAGAUUUCUUUGUGUUCCUGCA